GCCAACUCAUUAGCUGCUGUCUGUAAGAAGGCCUUUAUUCCCUUUGUUUAUUGAUAUUGAAAGACUUUAUACCUAUGUAGUUAACAUGUCUAUGUAUAUCAGAUCCUCCAUUUUAGUAUCAUUAUUAUUUUAACCUGAUUCUGGAAUGAAGCACAGCUUGAAACCCCUCCUUCUUGGAGAGGUUUACGUUGUCUGUCUUGUAUAUUUCCUUGUUCCCUCCCCUUCAGAUCUACAGUUUGAAGGAGGUGUGGUCAACAUAUGGUAAUGUGCAGGAUCUGACCAUCCCCGUUCACUGCAGAACCACCCACUGUUAGGAAUAGAAGUUAGACUAGUUUCAUUUAUCAGGAAGUGAAACUCAGACAGUCGUUGCAACUCCAAGGUGAAAUGGCGCAAAAAGGAGUUCAGCUGGACCUAGACACGAUUUCCUGUUCCGUCUGUUUGGAUCUACUGAAGGAUCCGGUGACUAUUCCCUGUGGACACAGCUACUGCAUGAACUGUAUUAAAUCCCACUGGGACAAUGAGGAUGAGAAGAAAACCCACAGCUGCCCUCAGUGCAGGCAGAGCUUCACACCGAGGCCUGUCCUGGUGAAAAGCACCAUGUUAGCAGAUUUAGUGGAGCAGCUGAAGAAGACUGGACUCCAAGCUGCUGCUGCUGAUCUCUGCUAUGCUGGACCUGAAGAUGUGGCCUGUGAUGUCUGCACUGGGAGGAAACUGAGAGCUGUCAAGUCCUGCUUGGUCUGUCUGAUCUCUUACUGCGAGAAACACCUCCAGCCUCACUUCGAUGUAGCUCAACUCAAGAAACACAAGCUGGUGGAGCCGUCAGAGAAGCUCCAGGAGAACAUCUGCUCUCGUCACGAUGAGGUGAUGAAGAUUUUCUGCCGUACUGAUCAGCAGUGUAUCUGUAUUUUGUGCUCCAUGGACGAACAUAAAGGCCACGACACAGUGUCAGCUGCAGCAGAGAGGACUGAGAGGCAGAGAGAGCUGGAGGGGAGUCGACACAACAUCCAGCAGAGAAUCCAGGACAGAGAGGAAGAUGUGAAGCUGCUUCAACAGGAGGUGGAGGCCAUCAAUGGCUCUGCUGAUAAAGCAGUGGAGGACAGUGAGAAGAUCUUCUCCGAGCUGAUCCGUCUCAUGGAGGAAAGACGCUCUGAUGUGAAGCAGCAGGUCAGAUCCCAGCAGGAAACUGAAGUGAGUCGAGUCAAAGAGCUUCAGGAGAAGCUGGAGCAGGAGAUCACUGAGCUGAAGAGGAAAGACGCUGAGCUGAAGAAGCUCUCACACACAGAGGAUCACAACCAGUUUCUACACAACUACCCCUCACUGUCAGCACUCAGUGAGUCUAAAUACUUCAGCAAGAUCAAUCCCAACUGUCUGAAGUACUUUGAGGAUGUGACAGCAGCUGUGUCAGAGCUCAGAGACAAACUACAGGACGUCCUGAGAGACACAUGGACCAACAUCUCACUGACAGUGACUCAAGUGGAUGUUUUACUGUCACAACAGCCCAAGACCAGAGCUGGAUUAUUAGAGUAUAAAUGUAAAAUCACACUGGAUCCAAACACGGUAAACACUCGUCUGUCAUUAUCAAAAGAGAACAGGGAAGUAACAUUCAUGAAUACCGAACAGUCUUAUUAUAGUCACCCAGACAGAUUCACUAAUAAUUUGCAGGUCCUGAGUAGAGAGAGUCUGACUGGACGUUGUUACUGGGAGGUGGAGAAAGGCACGGGAGGACUCUCAAUCGUAGUAGCUUACAAAGACAGUGACAUUGUGACAACAAAAUUUGGAGAUAAUGCAAAGUCUUGGGCAUUCAGUGUUUACAAAAAUCGUUCCGAAUUUAGAUAUAACAAUCAGACAACACCUUUUUCAGCACUUCGGUCCUCCAGAGUUGGAGUGUACCUGGAUCACAGUGCAGGUAUUCUGGCCUUCUACCGUGUCUCUGAAACCAUGACUCUCCUCCUCACUUUUAAGACCACGUUCAGGCAGCCCCUCUAUGUUGGACUUCUUCUUUAUGGUCCCCCUGGAAACAGUGCUGAACUGUGUGAGCUAAAGUAGGGAAACGUUCCUCAACCAGAACAAAGUGCAAGAGCAGCUGGUGGUAAUUUCUGUUUGCUUUGCCAUAGUCAUACUACAUAGUGGUUGUUCUAUGUUUUUGCAAAACAAAUUGAAAAUGUAAAACACAAAAUUCCAGGUUGAGGAGAUUUCAGGAGAUAAGAAGUACCAGACAGAGUUUACACAACUGGAAAAAUCUCCAGCAAACUGAAUGUAAUUUGUUUCGAUAUUUCAACAUUUAAUUGUCAGAUACUUGUGUUCAGAUAUUGAUAACCUUAUAAUGAAGUACUGUAGAGCUGCAGAGAUGACCUGGACUACAAGCUUUGUUCUCCAGUUGUAAGAAAAAUUGCAGUAGUAAGUUUUAAAAAAACAAUUGGUAACAUUGCCAUUGUUUCAUUGUUGAAGAUCUGACUCUAUGUGUACUGAGGGAGAGUUUAAACUAUUUAUCUUAUUUACAUUUUGUAUUCAUAUUCUGCAUCUUUAAUAUGAAGUAUAGUCCAAUUAAAUGUUAAUUUCUCAGGUUUUGUUAGCACAGUAAUUAAGUAAAUGUACUUAGUAUAUAUUUGGAGGUUGGUGUUUGCAUUCACAAUGUUGAAGCAGUUGAGCAGAAGUUUUAAUGAAAAUUUAAAUGUUAAUAAUCACCGGCUCAGUGUCUGAUAUGGUUUAAAUGCAACUUUUAUCUCCUAUGUGGCUUCCUGUCAGCUUCCUGCAGACAUUCAGUUUUCCCACCAGAGGUCACUCUUUACAUAUAUUCAACUAUCAUACUCGGAAAUAAGCAUAGUGUGUGGAAAUGGAAAUAGAGAGGUGUAUGGGUGUAAUGUUUAUACAUGGUGUUUAAUAAUGUCAUGAAAUGCUUAUCAUAAAGAGAGAUAAAUCAUCUUGAAUAAUCUUUUUGAUUUGUUUUUGCGCUUUUCAUGUAAAAGGUAUGUGAAAAAAACACAAUGACCAUCACUGCUGAUAAUUUAUAAUUGAUUUCUAUUGUUUUUCUCAUCGAUUCAUGUUAUUUUGGAGCCUGUUUUGUUUCAUGGUGUGUAGAAUAAAUGUAUUCUCAUCUGAGCCGGUAUUGUAAAUCAAGUAAUGAAAUGUACAGUACAAAUUGUGUGAAGGAUUUACCUAAUUAAUAAAUUAAUAACUUGAGAUAUAA